UACGUCAAGAUACAUCACACACAGCCAGUCAAGAGGUUCAGCCAUCAGGUUCAGCCAGUCAAGAUACAUCACCGACAGCCAGUCAUGAGGUUUUGCCAUCAGCAUGUCAAGAUACAUCACCCACAGCCAGUCAAGAGGUUCGGCCACCAGCAUGUCAAGAUACAUCAAACACAGCCAGUCAAGAGGUUCAGCUAUCAACAGGUCAAAAUGCAUCAUCCACAGGUGGUCAAGAGGUGUGCUCAUCAGCAGGACAAGUUGCAUUACUCAUGGCCAGUCAAGAGGUGUUGCCUUUAGCAGGUCAAGAUGGAGACAUUUUUUUUCAAAACCUUCCAUUUGUAGCUGAAACCAGUUUUAGUGAAGACAUUGUUUACUCCAGUGACCCUUUGGAAAUGUUUGAUGAUAAUGAAAAUGAUAAUAUGAUAGACAUAAUAGAUAUAAUGUACAAAAAUAUUAUUCCUGAUUAUGAAAGUGAGAAUAAUGUACCACAUAUUGAGAAUGCAAAUGAAUUGGAAGCAGUGGAGACUGAAGUUGAAAAUGAAGCAGUUGGGAGUGAAGAUGAAGAAAUGAAUGAAAACAAUGACCCUAGUGAAGAUGAAAAGCUGAGAGACCAGAACAAUCCUGAAAUAUAUGUUAUGAAGGUUUUGAAAUCAGCCUUGCACAAAACUAAGCAAAACAAGAAAAAAGACAGGGUGUACAAUUCUAAACAUGCAUUUUUUUGUGGGAAAUUAGUUCUACAUGUGAGAGCUUACAUGAUAAGUAAGCAUAAAAAAGAACAUUCAGUUGAGACUGCAUUGAAAGACAAGACUGGUAUAGCCAUGUCUCUACUACGGUCUAAAGGGGAUGACAAACAUAACAACAAGGUAGUUGCUGAAGGUCAUGGAUGCUUGUUGAUAUCAAGAAGACCAACAAAAGAGUUUGACAGUGAACAGUAUGGGCCAUGUGUACACUGCAGAGAUUGGAUGUUGAAGUCUACCUUAAAAAGGCAUCAAUCGAAGUGUAUUGUGCAGUGUGUUGUUGAUGUUUCGCCUUUGACCAAAAGAAAUCUUAUUUUGCAGUCAGACAUUUUGUCUGGUCGUUUACAAACAAAAGCUUCUUCUCUUCUGCAAAAUGAGGUUUUUGCUAUAAUGACUGCAGAUAAAGUAACAGAAAUUGCCCAGAAAGACCUACUGAUUGUUGCACUUGGGGAAUCAUGGCUUCGUAGAAAUAUUGACAACAAACUGAAGAGGAAAUAUUAUGCAUCACAAAGAAUGCGUUUAACUGCUAGAUAUCUAAUUGCUAUGCUUGAGGAAGACACAGCAUGUGAUGCUAAAUCACUGUGGGAUUUUCUUGUACCACGGAAGUUUGAUUGUCUUGCUAAGGCAGCUAUCACUGUAGCAAUGCCAACAAUGGAGGAUGAAGAGGAAUUGAAAUCACCAUCUAAUGCCAUCAAGUUGAAAUACGAUGUAAUUAGACUUGUUAAUGCAAAAUGGUGCAUUACUCUGAAAGAAGAAAAUGACCUAAAUAAUGGCACCAUCAAUGACUGUCAAGGAUUGAUGAAACUGAUACAAACCGAAUGGCCCGAAAAAGUGACGAGAUUUGCUAGGAUGGUCUUAGCACAGAGACAGAGAGAAGUGAAACAACACAUUCCAGCACCAGAUGACAUUAAACUUCUUAAUGAGCAUUUGACAGCAGAAUUAAAGACAACACCGAUGAGGAAAGAACUUCCAGACUUCUUGAGAGCUGUUAAACUGGCCCAGACAAAGCUCCAGGUGUACAACAAGCGUCGAUCAGGGGAAAUAGAUGCUGUCAGUCUAAGGGAUUAUGCCAAACGUUCUCAACAUCUUAAUGACGUUGACCAGAGCCUGGUUGGAGAGCUGACAGAAUUGGAGAAGCAUCUGCUCACUUCCCAACAACUUAUGACUCUUAGAGGGAAGAGAAACAUACCAGUGCCCUGUAUAAUUCCUAGUGAUGCAAUUCAGUGUCUGAGCUUUAUCAGCAAUGUAGAAGUCAGAGAGGCUGUUGGUAUCGCUAAGAACAACACAUACUUGUUUGCAAGUACAGGAAAGUACAAUGUUCGUUCCUAUGACUCGUUGAAGGCAAUUUGUGGGGAACUGAGUUUAAGCCACCCAGAUCGAAUCACAAGUGUGAACCUUAGGAAAAACACUGCAACAUUAAGUCAGGUGCUAAACCUUAAACCAAACGAGCUACAAUGGCUGUGUAGCCACCUGGGUCAUACAACGAGAGUGCACUUGGACCACUACAGGCAAAUGUCUGGCUUCAUUGAAAGAGUCAAAAUCAGCAAAGUAUUGCUGAUGCAGGACAUGAACCUUACAGAAAAGUUUGUAGGAAAGAGCCUUGAUGAAAUUGGGAACAUUCCUUUUGAAGACAUUUUAACAUCUGGUCCAGAGACAUGUGGUUAUGAAAAUGGAGCAGAAGGUCAAGCAGAAGUCGAUGCUGAGCACACAAGUCUUGAAGGUCAAGCAGAAGUCGAUGCUGAGUACACAAGUCUUGAAGGUCAAGCAGAAGUCGAUGCUGAACACACACGUCUUGAUGCCCCAGAUGGCUAUGGAAGCAUGGACGAAGAUGACCACACUAUAUCAGAUGAGGAUGAAGAGGAAUAUGAGGGAAAGAGAAAAAGGAAGCCCCCCAAAAAGGCUGCAAAACGUCAGAAAUUCACAGAGGUAGAAACAGAGGAAAUAAAAACUUACUUUAGUGAAUAUCUAAAAAGUAGAAUUUGUCCGCGGAAACAGCAGGUUGAAGAUGCCAAACAGAAAAGUCGUAAGAAAAAUGGGCAAAUUUGGAAAAGGUCAAACAACAAGAUAAUUAAGAAAAUUAGUGCAAUGAAUCAUAAGAAAAAAUAAAAACAUGUUGUUUACUAUCGGUACUCGGAUGGAACAUUAUAAGAAUAGCUUCGAGGGACAUUGAAAAGUUCAUGCAACAGAGACUUGGCAAAUAUGGGUGAUGUUUGUAUGCAAGUGGUAAUUUUUGUGUGUGCAUUUUAUUUGUUGAAUUGAAACUUUACUAUGUAUAUGUCUAGAGGUGGAAAAGAAUCUGGUAUAUUAUCAAAUGUUUAAAAUGCUUAUACAAAAGCUUAGAUACAAUAUUUUCCUUUUUGCU